AUGGAGCUGGACUACAUGACCAGCGGCGGCCUCCACGCCUAUCCCGGGCCGCGCGGCGCGCCAGCCGCCAAGCCCAACGUGAUCCUGCAGAUCGGCAAGUGCCGGGCAGAGAUGCUGGAACACGUGCGUCGCACCCACCGGCACCUGCUGACCGAGGUGUCCAAGCAGGUGGAGCGCGAGCUGAAGGGGCUGCACCGCUCGGUGGGCAAGCUGGAGAACAACCUCGACGGUUACGUGCCCACCGGCGACUCGCAGCGCUGGAAGAAGUCCAUCAAGGCCUGCCUGUCCCGCUGCCAGGAGACCAUCGCCAACCUGGAGCGCUGGGUCAAGCGCGAGAUGCAUGUCUGGCGCGAAGUCUUCUACCGCCUGGAGCGCUGGGCAGACCGCCUGGAGUCCAUGGGCGCCAAGUACCCGGUGGGUAGCGACCCGGCGCGCCGCACCGUCUCUGUGGGCGUCGGGGGCCCCGAGAGCUGCUGUCCCGAGGCCGACUCCUAUGACUACACCGUCAGCCCCUACGCCAUCACCCCCCCGCCCGCCGCCGCCGAGCUGCCUGGCCAGGAGCCGGCCGAGGCGCAGCAGUACCCCUGGGCGCCGGGCGAGGACGGCGUGCCCAGCCCCGGCGUGGAUACGCAGAUCUUCGAGGACCCGCGGGAGUUCCUGAGUCACCUGGAGGAGUACCUGCGGCAGGUGGGCGGCACCGAGGAGUACUGGCUGUCCCAGAUCCAGAACCACAUGAACGGGCCAGCCAAGAAGUGGUGGGAGUUCAAGCAGGGCUCGGUCAAGAACUGGGUGGAGUUCAAGAAGGAGUUUCUGCAGUACAGCGAGGGCACGCUGUCGCGGGAGGCCAUGCAGCGGGAGCUGGACCUGCCGCAGAAGCAGGGCGAGCCGCUGGACCAGUUUCUGUGGCGCAAACGGGACCUGUACCAGACGCUGUAUGUGGACGCGGAGGAGGAGGAGGUCAUCCAGUACGUGGUGGGCACCCUGCAGCCCAAGCUCAAGCGUUUCCUGCGCCACCCGCUACCCAAGACCCUGGAGCAGCUCAUCCAGCGGGGCCUGGAAGUGCAGGACGGCCUGGAGCAGGGGUCAGAGCCCACGGGGACGCCCCAGCCCCCUGAGGACGAGAACGAGGCUCUCACGCCCGCCCUCACCAGCGAGUCGGUGGCCAGUGACCGGACUCAGCCGGAAUAG